AUGUCUUUCUCCAGCCUCUGCAAGGUCGCCCCCGUUGAUGCCAAGGCCCCUACCACCAUCAACACUCCUGUCGAUAUGGCCAACCCCAAGUGCACCUACAGCUGCGGCUGCAACAACAUCGUCAAGUUCACUGGCGGUAACCUCUGCGAGUCUUUCAACGACAACGACAACGACAACCAGUAG